AUGUUUGUGAAAUCCUGUUCAGGUCCCCCUGGACAGAACCCGGCCUUCCCCCCUGCCUACAACCCCGCAUUCCCUGCUGGUCCAAACCCAGCACACCCCCAAGGCCAGAACCCCAUGUACGCGCCUGGCACAAACCCUGCCUAUCCCCCCGGUAUGGCUCCUGGUAUGGCUCCUUGUAUGAAUCCAGCCAUGCCUCCGGGAUCCGGUAUGGCUCCUGGUAUGGCUCCUGGUAUGAAUCCAGCCAUGCCUCCGGGAUCCAUGCCCUAUGGACAACACCCAGGAGGACAACACCCUUAUCCAGCUGGACCAGGUGUACCUGGUUACCCAGGAGUCCACCCAGGCCCCUACCCUGGUGGGGUCCACCCAGGUGGAGUUUACCCCGGGGGCAUGCAUCCAGGCAUGGCUGGGGGUGUGGCGGGAGUCGGGAUGGGGGUCGGUGGACACAAGGCGCAAAAGAAGAUGAUGAAGAAGGCGAAGAAGGCCCACAAAGCCGAUAAACACCUGAAGCAUCAUGGAGGCCACAGGAAGGUGGGUGUCUCUGUUUGUGUGUGUUUAGUGUGUUUGUUUGUGUGUCAGUCAAUAACAGGGAGGGUCUGUGGAUUUUGAGUGCGGUUGACAGGUGACGGUUCCUCCCACUGAUGGUUCCAUGACUCACUCUGUGUGUCCCAAAUAGCACCAAAUUCCCUAUAGUGCCCUAAGGGCUAUGGUCAAAAGGAGUGCAUUAGGGAAUAGGGUGCCAUUUGUGUGUGUCACUGUGCUUCUACAUCUGCAUUGCUUGCUGUUUGGGGGUUUUUAGGCUGGGUUUCUGUAUAGCACUUUGUGACAUCUGCUGAUGUAAAAAAGGGCUUUAUAAAUAAAUUUAAUUGAUUUGGGAUCCAGCUACUGUGUGUACUCUGAGUAGAGUCUGGUCCCCUCUGAGGUAUUUUACUGUCCUGUUUGCCUCGCGUUAACAUACUCACAUGUUUUGUUCAUCACACGACUAGGAAGACUGGAAAUCGAGGUUCUUGCCCUGA